AAUUUCCCCAUUUAGACAAGGAGACGAAACAAUGAGCGCAGCGUCAUCGCCGCAGCUACAGCCCGUUUGCACCUUCUUAGCGCGAACUCCUCCAUUCUUCAGUGCGCACUUUGCAGGAUGGGAUGCUCCACCAGCUCUCAAACUUCAGCGGUAGACACGACUCGACCCAACAGCAAGCCCGAGGAGAGUAACGGAACCAGCACCAAAGGGGCGGCCGAGGAGAAUGGAACGGUAGCCGAGGACAGUGAGACCAUUCCAGACCAAGCACCAGCUGAAGGCAGCAAUGCUAAACCUGAGAGCAAAGCUACUGCAGCAGCUACAUCUACAGAAAGCUCUCCUGCAAGCCUCCCAGCAGGGCAGGAGUCCCCGCCUUCAGCAGACACCAAACCGGCAACAGCAGGAGGAGCAGAAGAUGCACCAGUGGAGGGACCGCCUGCAGACAGCUCUGCUAAAGCAGAACCUAGCUCCCCAGAAGUUGCAGCUCCAGAGCAAGGCACAACGACUGAUUCAGAGCCCCAACCAGAGGUGGCACUGGCACCCAGCGAGUGAAGCAUGACAUGCUUGACCACACAGAUGGGUUUGCUGGAAGAGUCGCUCCCUGUCUGUAUGCAUGAGUGAAAGUAUGUCUUAGUGGGAGUUUGAGG